GACUGUAUGGGACUGGCUGUGAGCAGGCGUGAAACGGUUUCAAAACAAACCCAGAAGUGUCCUCCGGUGCUGCUGCGGAUGUAUCAGGAGAGCCAUGCGGUCUGGUUGUAGUUCAUGAUGGAUCUUCCGUGUGUUCGGUGGCAGGAUCACGUUACACGGAAAUGGACCGGACUCGACCCGGAGCUGCAGGAACAGUGUACAUCCUUGCGAGAAAUAGAUGAUGUUUUUAAAUGUGCUUUAAGACUGACGACCCAGGAUGAUGUGGACUUUGUGCAGUCAAUCUCUGCAGAAUACUCAGUACAGAAGGACUCAGAGGAAGCAGCCAAAUUCAGGGAGAGGGGUAACUCCAGCUUCAAGGCUAGAAACUACACCGAAGCUGCUUUGCACUACUCACAGGGCAUAUGCUUCGCUCCCCAAAGUUCGGAGCAGCUGUCGCUGUGCUACGCCAACCGCUCUGCAGCGCUCUACCAUCUGCAGGACUAUCAGGAAUGCCUUGAUGACAUUGACAGAGCCCUGAAGAACGGCUAUCCCUCGCAUCUUUUACACAAACUGCAGGACCGUCGCACACUGUGCCUCAAACGCCUCUUUGUAAAAGCAAAAGAGGAUGAUCACAGUCUUACCUCCAAGAAUCAUGAAGGUCCAGGCAGAGUGAAAGCACCAUCUGUUGGGCCUCUCACUUUUGGGAUCUGUCCUCAAGCUGUUGUUGGCUCCAGCGUGGAAAAAGGUCGACACCUGGUGGCGGUGGAGAGAAUAGUAGCCGGGCAGGAGAUCCUCACUGACAGGCCGUACAGCUGCGUCCUCAUACCGGGGAUGGAGGAGGUGAAAGGGAAGGGAGGAAGGCAGGGAACGGGGAGAGAAGUGUUGUUUGGAACUGAGUGCAGGCGCUGCCACCGGUGUUUGGCUGAAACACUGAGUCCUGUGCCAUGCGAGGGUUGCAGCUACAGCCGAUACUGUUCGACCGGCUGUCAGCAGGAAGCCUGGGAGGAUCAUCACCGCUGGGAGUGUCCACUGGGAGCAGAUCUGAUGGCGAUGGGUGUGAUGUCACAGCUCGCUCUGAGGGUAACGCUAAAAGCAGGAUUGAAGAACGUCCAAAUGGCAAGAGAGCCAAUCAGAAGCGAGCAGAAGAAGUCAGUGCUGGGCUGUGUUCAUCAUGACUCCAGUGAUUCCAAACAAUCAGAUCAACCUGACAGUUCUAUUUUAUACUGCGGGGAUUCUUACCUGAGUGUGUUUCACUUACUGCACCACAUGAAUCAGCACAGCCUGUGUUUCCUGUACGCUGUUACUGCAGCAACACUCUACCUGAAGCUGAGCAGAACAGGACCUCUACCUGCGUCUUGGAGUCAUAGUAAACCCUCAGCGGCAAGAAGCCAAUCACAGCACGAACCAGACGAGGAGGGAGGUGAUGCAGAUUGGAACUCAGAGCUGUGGCUGCUGGGAAGUGCAUUUCUGAGGCACAUCCUGCAGCUGAGGUGUAACGCCCAGGCCAUCAUCACGCUGCAAGACACAGGAGCAGCGAACUCACCGGUGCAGUCCAACCGGGAAAUUCGCAUUGCCACGGCGAUAUUUCCAACUCUUAGUCUCCUCAAUCAUUCCUGCUGUCCCAACACCAGCCUGAUGUUCAGCACCGGAACGAGUGCUGAUCCCUGUGGUUCAGAUGUGCCUGCAGACGCCAGUGAAAAUGUAGCUGAGUACAAACACGAGGCCCGUGGAGUCACUGUGACAGUCAGAGCGGCCAAAGUUAUCACUCCUGGACAAGAGAUCCUACACUGCUAUGGCCCUCAUAGCAGCAGGAUGGGGACCCAAGAACGCCAGCGACUCCUGCACGACCAGUACUAUUUCCUGUGUCAGUGUGAAGCCUGCAGCGUACAGCAGGUGGAGGAUGGAGGACAACAGUGGCCGGGUGCUGGAGGCGGUCCACAGGAGUCUGGACUCCUGUGCUGCAAGUGCAAAGGUCCUCUCAAAAGAAGCGGUGACAAGAGAGAAAACGUGUUUCUAUGUUCGCGGUCGUCCUGUGGCCAUGGUUUGCCUUCCUCUGAAGUAAGCCACAGGCUGCAGGAGAUCAGGGUCGACCUGGAGAAAGCUGUGGAACUCAUGGAGAGAGAAAGACCAGGUGAGGCUCUGAAAUUGCUGAAAAGGACUCAGUGUGAAUCUGAAGGGAUCCUUGCAGAGAAACACCCACUACAGGGGGAGCUGGCUGAUGCUACAGCCAGAGCAUAUGCCACAACUGGUGACUGGAAAAAUGCAGCGUCCCAUCUGGAGCGUAGCGCUGUAGCUAUUGGCUCCCAGUAUGGAGAAGACAGCAUAGAACUGGGUCGACAACUCUUGAAAUUAGCUCAGCUGCACUUCAACGGCGGUGCCAGAGCCUCGGCCCUCUCUGUCAUCCCCAAGGUCAGACGACUCCUCUGCCUUCACUGUGGCCCUCACUGCCAUGAAUUGCAGGAGCUGAAGGCCAUGGAGGACUGUCUACGGGGGUAGUUUUAAAUAAACACCACAGUGGACAAUUUAAAUUACGGUUUUGUACUCAGUAAAGAUGAUUAAAGUAUGUGAAAUUUUCUAA